UCUCUAUCCAUGCACGUGUGUUUGCAUUUUGUACGGAUUUCGAUUUUUGGCGCACAACUAGGUAAUUUCUUGAAGUUAUUUUAAGAUUCUACUAUUCUCUAAAAAUGUGGAAAAAACAAAAGUUUGAAUGGUUCUUAUGUAAUUAUUCUAUAUAUUUUUAACAUCGAAUCAUGCCAUCCGAUGCAAAAAAAAAGCAGCAGCAAAAAAAAAAGGAAGCUGCUAAGGCUCGACAGUCAGGAAAAAAGCCACCUCAAACUAAUCAGAAUAAAAAUGCAGAGGAUGGUAAAGAAUCCAGUCCUUUGGGAAUCAUUCAAAAUGGAACCAAUGGAACACCUAUUAGUGCAGAAGAGGCAUUAUGUAUAAAAUUAGAAGCAGAUGCAAGACUAAAUGCAGAAGCGCGAUCGUGUACGGGAUCAUUAGCUUCACAUCCGCGAAGUCGAGAUAUAAAAAUAUCUAAUUUUUCUAUUACUUUCCAUGGCUGUGAAUUGCUACAGGAUACUAUGUUGGAACUGAAUUGCGGCAGACGUUAUGGUUUGCUUGGACUUAAUGGCUCUGGAAAAUCUACUUUAUUAGCUGUACUUGGAAAUCGAGAAGUUCCUAUUCCUAAUCAGAUUGAUAUCUUUCACUUGACCAGAGAAAUGCCUGCUAGUAAUAAAACAGCUUUAGAAUGUGUGAUGGAAGUAGAUGAAGAGCGUAUAAGAUUAGAAAAAUUAGCAGAAGAAUUAGUAGAAUGUGAAGAAGAAGAUGCUCAAGAACAACUCAUGGAUGUUUAUGAAAGGUUAGAAGAUAUGUCUGCUGACACUGCUGAAGCUCGUGCUGCUCAUAUUUUACAUGGUUUGGGUUUUACUGCAAAAAUGCAAAAAACACCUACCAAAGAUUUUUCUGGAGGUUGGCGAAUGCGUAUUGCUCUUGCAAGAGCAUUAUAUGUGAAACCUCAUCUUUUAUUAUUGGAUGAACCUACCAACCAUUUAGAUCUUGAUGCCUGUGUAUGGUUGGAAGAAGAAUUAAAAACAUAUAAAAGAAUUUUAGUCAUCAUUUCUCAUUCACAAGAUUUUCUUAAUGGUAUUUGUACAAAUAUCAUUCAUGUUAAUAAAAAACAAUUGAAAUAUUACAGUGGUAAUUAUGAAGCUUUUGUCAAGACAAGAAUGGAGUUACUGGAAAAUCAAGUAAAACAAUAUAAUUGGGAACAGGAUCAAAUUGCGCACAUGAAAAAUUAUAUAGCACGAUUUGGUCAUGGUUCUGCAAAAUUAGCAAGACAAGCACAAUCAAAAGAAAAGACAUUAGCAAAAAUGGUAGCACAAGGUCUUACAGAAAAAGUUGUGAAUGAUAAAGUACUGAAUUUCUAUUUCCCUUCUUGUGGAACUAUUCCACCUCCUGUUAUAAUGGUUCAAAACGUUAGUUUUCGUUACAAUGAAGAUUCACCAUGGAUUUAUAAAAAUUUAGAAUUUGGUAUAGAUUUGGAUACCAGAAUUGCAUUAGUUGGUCCAAAUGGAGCUGGAAAAAGUACUCUUUUAAAAUUAUUAUAUGGAGAUUUAGUUCCAACUAGCGGUAUGAUACGUAAGAAUAGUCACCUUCGAAUUGGAAGAUACCAUCAACAUUUACAUGAAUUAUUAGAUUUAGAUAUGUCACCUUUGGAUUAUAUGAUGAAAGCCUUUCCAGACGUUAAAGAAAGGGAAGAAAUGAGGAAAAUUAUUGGUCGCUAUGGAUUAACUGGUCGCCAACAAGUGUGUCCAAUUAGACAAUUAUCUGAUGGUCAACGUUGUAGAGUAGUUUUUGCAUGGUUAGCUUGGCAAGUGCCUCAUCUAUUAUUGCUAGAUGAACCAACCAAUCAUUUAGAUAUGGAAACAAUUGAUGCAUUAGCAGAUGCAAUUAAUGAUUUUGAUGGAGGAAUGGUGCUCGUAUCUCAUGAUUUCAGAUUAAUUAAUCAAGUGGCAGAAGAAAUUUGGGUUUGUGAAAAUGGUACAGUUACCAAAUGGAGUGGAAAUAUUUUGGAUUAUAAAGAACAUCUAAAGACCAAAGUGCUUAGUGAUAAUCAGAAAAGACAAAAAGAAAUGCACAGAAGCAAAUAAUC